AUGCUUAAUUCUACCACAGUGACUGAGUUUCUGCUUACAAGAUUUUCUGAUGUAUGGGAACUCAGAGUCUUGCACGCUUUGAUAUUUCUACUGACCUAUUUGGCAACACUGCUUGGGAACCUUCUUAUUGUCACAGUCACCACCCUUGACCAGAGUCUUCACACCCCCAUGUAUUUCUUCCUUAGGAAUCUGUCUUUCCUGGAUAUGUGCUACAUUUCUGUCACUGUACCCCAGGCAUGUAUUAUCUUUCUGCUAGACAGUACGGCAAUCUCCAUGGUUGGAUGUGCAGCUCAGAUCUUCCUUGUUUUUUUGUUUGCUUUUGUAGAGCUGCUUUUCCUCACUAUUAUGGCCCGUGACCGAUAUGUGGCUAUUUGCCAGCCUCUCCACUACCCUGUGAUCAUGAACCAUCAAGUCUGUGUACAGAUGUCUCUGGCCUCCUUAUUCAGUGGUGUGGUCUAUUCAGGAUUCCACACAGGCAUCACAUUCUCUCUUCCCUUCUGUCAAUCAAACAUUGUCCAUCAGUUCUUCUGUGACAUUCCUGUUCUGCUAAAGCUUUCUUGCUCUGACGUUUUCAUGAGUGAGCUUUUACUUUUUGUGUCUUCAGUUGUGUUUGCAGGUGGCUGCUUUUCCUUAAUCAUCAUGUCUUAUGUCCGCAUACUUUCUACUGUACUCAAGUUUCCAAUCAGAGGAGAGCGAAGAAAGGCUUUUGCCACAUGUGUUCCACACAUUCUCAUGGUGACAGUCUUUGUCAGCUCAGCUGCUGCUGUGUACAUGAAGCCAACCUCCAAUUUACCUACAAUUCAGGACAUGAUCAUGUCCGUGUUCUACUCUAUAGUCCCUCCCUUCUUAAAUCCUAUUAUCUAUAGUCUUCGGAACAAGCAGAUAAAGGAGGCCAUAUGGAAAAUUAUGAGUAGCAUGCUCUGUUCUGGAAAAUGA